UCCUUUAUGGCCCCGGUUGCCAGGCAGCGCGACAAGGCGCGGGCCCGUGAUUCCCGCAGUCGCCCAGCGACGUCCAUCUGCAGACAGCGCGCCCGGAGCCCGCUCCUCCGCAGGGUCGAGGCCACUAGAGGCAGGGAAUGGCGGCCGCCGUCAGUCUAGUGCGGCCGGCGAGGACGGCCCAGACCGUAAUCCCCUUAGUGAGAGGUCCCGAGGACCGGCACUUCUUCACCAGCUUCCAAGACCAGAACAACGUCGCUUUCGCCAAGUGGUCCCCUUACGCGGUACCUCCGGAUGACCUGUACCCGCUGGCGCCUCACCGGCGGGAGGUGCCGCUACUCGACUCCACCACAGGCUUCAGGAGCGUGGUGGCCAACGUGGGCGGCCCGCGGAUCCCCAGCGCACCCUUCUACAAGGGACCGGGUGGCGACCACCGGGCCCGCACCGCCAUCGGCAUGCGGCCUCUGCUGCUCGACAUGGCGGCACAGGCGCGCUGGAACUCGAAAUCCGUGUCUGCCGAAGCUAUGCGGGCCAGAGUGGGAGGUUGGACAAGCCCAGUUCGAGUGACACCAACACCACAUGCAGUACCUGUUAAUCUGAAAACCCAUACUUUUAACUUAAAUGUGGAUCCUACAGAUCAGAUGACCAGUGAUCCAACACCUGACAGUCUAAGAGACAGAAAAGCAAAAAAAUACAUGUACACUUCAGCCACACAAAGGAGUUAUGAGGAUGUUAACUGGGACUGCAUGUUACCACCCAAAGCCAAACCUCCAGAUCAAACACAAGAUAUUCAAUCUGACCCUUUGUCACGACAUUCAACUCUAAAACGAUUCGAACCAAGACCUCAUGUGUGGCAAGCUGUGAGUGGGCUUGGAGUCUGGGACAAAUGUCAAUCACGGCCCUCAACCGCUGUAGUUAAGCCACACAAUUUUACCAGCCCUUUUCCCAGAAUUAGCCAGAUUCCACUCUAUAGUGGCUCUGUUGGUAGCACUAACCUUGAUGAUGUGGAUAAUCCUUACACUGAAUUUACCCCCUUCACUGUUCUUCGAACGAGAAAACCACGACAAACAGAUACAAACUAUCGUCCAGAUAUCCCUGGUUACACAGGUAAAAGGCAAUGGCUUGGCACAGAAUCUAACAAAUCCAACAUUUCAAGUUCUCCAGAACAAGUACUGGGAAUUUCACAAGGCACUGAAAAUUCAGCAAAGCAUGGACAUCUAUCACCCUUAUCUAAGAUGGUGACAACAGUUCCACCCUCCAAUCCUUUUAAUGUAAAAACGCCUAAAGUAUUUCUGAAGCAUUUUGUUUAGCAAUAUUAUAAGAAAUCAUAUUUGCAUAGAAAAUUUGUGUGAUGAUUAUGACUGUGUAGAUUUAAUCAUUUAUUGAAACUGGAAUAUGAAUAAUCAUUUUAUAAACAUUUUCUUUUUGUUCCAUCAAUUUUCUCCCUUUUGCUUCUGAAGCCAUUGACAUUUGCCAAGUUUGAUUUUACAGGUCAAAUAGUAUCUACACAAAUUCCUAUUCUUCAUUUAUUAAUCUGCAUGGGAAAUAUUGGGCAGAUUAUUCAACAGAUGAAGGCAAUGUAUCCGAAUUUGGUUUUCGCAUCUCAUAUGUUACAGCAAGCAGAAACAGGGACCAGUUCCAAAUUUUAAAAACAAAAGUCACACAGGACAGUUUUUGCUGGAAGGAUAAUGAGUGUACAUUGCUAACGUGCAUUGAGUAAGUUCGAAGGAUGAAGAAAUGUGCAGCGGUUGCAAAUCCCACAAAUGUAGUGGUCAUUUAUUGUAUUGCCAUGAUUUGCUUUGCAUACUGACAGGUUGUCUUCCAAGUCAUGCUGGUUAAAGAGCUCGCAAUUCUACAGAAGCAGUUUCAUUUUUUGGAACCCACUUGGUUGGUCUGAUGGUGUCCUGAUGGUGGGAAUAGUAUUUGAAUCUGCACUGACUCAACCACUGUGUAUUAUCUUGCACUGUGUGCCAUCAUGCGCUGUGGCUGAGUUUGUAAGAAUUCCAUUGCACAGUUUUCUAGUUUAUGGCAAUCAGUGGCACUUCACCUUGUGGCUUGAACACAAAAAGCUUUCUCUAUACGUGACAAACUAAACAAAACCUUUUUUUUUAACCGUAUGCUAUAGAACAAAAUGUUAUUCAAUCCAUUGCAUAGGAAUAGCGUACAAUCUGAAGAGGGUCCCGAACCAAACGUCAUCUGUCCUUGUUCUCUAGGGAUUUUGCCUAAUCCGCUGUUGCUCCUGCACUUUGUCUCUUUAUAGGAAUAGAAAGACUGGUGUAGAGCAUAUAUUUUCAUUGUAUUGAGUAAUUUUGUCGUAUUAUAACAUUGUUUUUGUUGGGUUAAUCUAAGGAGGGAAGAAUGGAAUUAAUUCUCCGGAAAAUUUUAUAACAUUGAUUUGUUGCAUCAACAGCUCACAGCUUUAAAGAUUCAAGCGGGUAUCAGAGGCUUUCUAAGGACUGAAUAUAAAGAAAUAUGAAUGAGGAUCUUGAAAUUUAAUCCAGUGUUGCAUCUACUCAUGGGUCAUUGUGUGAAUUUGAUACAUACUGUGAGAGACAUGUUUCUGUAAUUUGCUUCAAUAGAGUUCAGUAGGAUAGCCUACCAUAACUCCCUAUUUAAGGUAGAAGAGGGUUUAUUAAUCAAAUAAUUUAGAAGUAUACAUUAAACUUAACAUCUUUCACUGAUUUUGACAGCUGGCUGUGAAAAAUGGUUUUUAAUUUUUCUUGGGUGCUGCCGAUGUGUCCCCACGCUUGAGACAAUGUUGAAGACAGAUGGAGAAGAGCCAUCUUAUGGCAAGUAAGAAUCUGCUUUUUAAAAGAAAAAGGUGUUAAAAAACAGUCGGGAAGAAUUUGCAGUUGGUUCAAAACUGUUGGUUCAAAACUGAUAGGGGAGAGCGGACUUGAUGUCCGAGCAUCAUCUCCACUGGAGUUCGACCGAUAGUGCAGUUUGAAACGUCAUCAAAUCCUUCUCUCCAUAGAUGCUGCCAGUUUCUCCAGCAUUUUUGUCUACCUUCAAUUUUUCCAGCAUCUGCAAUUCUUAAACAGGACUCAAGAGGAGGUAUGUUCAGGAGACAAGUCACUUGUGAAGGUGACAAGGAAACCGAGGAUAACAAACUUAAAAAUGCAGUUACGUAUGUUACAGAUGAUGACUGAUGCGAGCAAGGACAAACUUAUUCUCAAGAGAAAAUACCAGGACCAAAAUACCCUCAAAACUCAAGAAAAGAGUGGAACGAUGAAUAUAUCGGGAAUGGCUUUUUCCUUCCCCAAGAUGAACUGACAAGCCCUGCUCCCUCUGUUUUGCAGUGUAAAAUAUAGAAACGAGCGCCUGGCUCCUUCAAAAUUCCAGACUCAUUUAAGAACGAAGCAUAGCAAUCAUCAAAAUAAGUCCAUACAGUCUUUCAAAAACACUCGUGAGUAUUUGUGGAAGCAGCAGAAUUUUUUCUAGUCGAUGGUAAAGAGUGACACUGUGAUUAAAAAAACUUCUUCUUCUUGCCUCUCUUUCAUGUGCUCAUGAAAGAAUAAAAGCCAUACACAUAGGCUGAGAAAGUUGUCAACCGUGUAUGAAAAUCUCUGUCAAUCUACAACAUGGUGGAAAGCAAGCAGUGGAUAAAGAUGUGCAAAUUCCUUUCCAAUGAAACUUCGAUCUACUAUGAUUGCUAACGAUCUGAAGCAUCAACUGAUGGCGAAACUGUUGGAAGCACCAUUUUUCGCUUUGCAGUUUGACGGAACUACAGACAUUAAAAACUAUGCACAACUCAUUGUGUAUUGUCGUUUCCCGGAUCAAAGCUUGAGAAAAAUUGUCGAGCAUUAUCUCUUUUGCUUGCCAGUUGGAGAGCAAACAACAGGUGAAUUUAUUUUCUCCAAGCUUGACAAAUGAAUGGAAUAUGAAAAUUUAUCUUGGAGCAAAUAUGUUGCUGUGACGACAGACAGUGCUGCAGCCAUGAUGGGGAAGCAGAAAGGAGCCACUGCCGCAUCAAAGAAAAAUCCCAGAAUUGUACCUUUUUACAUUGUUGUUUACGUCGGGAAGCACUGGCUGCCAAAAAACUCAACACUUGUCGCAAUGACCAGAGCUGGAAUAAAAUAGUUUAAGAAGCACUAAAGCAACAAAGGAGUUUUUUCAAAGCUAGAAAAUGGUCAGUUCCUGAGUGGCAAAGUCAAUCACCCGAUCUGAACUCAACUGAGCAUGCCGUUUAUGUGCUGAAGAUAAAUCUGAAGUGGACUAGCCCCCAAAACAAACAUAAGCUAAAGAUAGCUGCAAUACAGGCCUGGCAGAGCUUCACCAGAGUCAGGGGGACGGAAAUUUCUAUAAAAACAUGGGGGGGGGGGACACGAUUUCUUGGUGGCCACGCACAUACAAGGGGUUGGACAGGCUAGAUGCAGGAAGAUUGUUCCCGAUGUUAGGGAAGUCCAGGACAAGGGGUCACAGCUUAAGGAUAAGGGGGAAAUCCUUUAAAACCGAGAUGAGAAGAACUUUUUUCACGCAGAGAGUGGUGAAUCUCUGGAACUCUCUGCCACAGAGGGUAGUUGAGGCCAGCUCAUUGGCUAUAUUUAAGAGGGAGUUAGAUGUGGCCCUUGUGGCUAAGGGGAUCAGGGGGUAUGGAGAGAAGGCAGGUACGGGAUACUGAGUUGGAUGAUCAGCCAUGAUCAUAUUGAAUGGCGGUGCGGGCUCGAAGGGCCGAAUGGCUUACUCCUGCACCUAAUUUCUAUGUGUCUAUGUUUCUAUACGCGAGGCUUCUGAGGCUUCGGCCAUGGGCGGUCACAUCGGAGCUGACCUGGUUGGUGACCGACUCUGAACUCCAGCAACAGCAGCUUCGACCACCCCGUGGGGCUUGAAUUGGACCGUUUGUGGGGCCUUUCAUCGUCCCGUGCGGCUUAAAAACGGCAGCGGGAUCUUCCAUCGCCCGGCGGGGACUUCAACAUCGGGAGCCUCGAUAGCCUCGACGCAACAGUUUGACUGCCUGACCAUGGGGUGAUGGAAGAUCCCACAGCCGGAUGAUGAAAGGCCCCACGAGUGGGCUGAUUCAGUCCUUAGAAAGCCUCUGAUACCCGCUUAAAUCUUUCAAAAGCUACAAUGUGAUAAAUAACACAAACAAAUAAAACUGAAGCAAAUAAAGGCAAACAGAAGUACCCUUGGAGGGGGAGAGAGAGAUGAAAAAAAACAACUAAAUAACGUGAGUGGCCGUGAAUGAGGGACUCACCUGCAAGCCCACCAGGAAACCCGUUCGACCGGAGCCCUUAAUGACCAGACCCGUUUAAAUGGUAAUUGUACCCGUAUCAGACAGUUUUAAGAAAUUCUCCGUGAAUACCUUCAGUAAUACUCAGUCAAAACACAAUGUUAAUUCAAUGUUAAUAGUGACAUUUAACAAGUGCUUAACAGUGACACCCUCACUGUCUCGUGGAAAGCGGAGAUUUUUAAUGUAUUUUUUUUCACCAAAUUUCAAAAUACGGAUUGUCCCCCACCGCUCAAAACAUGGGAGGGACGUGUGACCCCCCCACCUUCCUCCC